AUGGUUCGAUACGCUGCCACCGAGAUUGACUCCGCGAAGUCGGCCCGCGCCCGUGGCGCUUACCUCCGUGUUUCCUUCAAGAACACCCGAGAGACCGCUCAGGCUAUCAACGGCUGGAAGUUGACUCGCGCCGUCAAGUUCCUCGAGAAUGUUAAGGAGAAGACUGAGGCCGUCCCCAUGCGACGAUAUGCUGGCAGCACUGGCCGAACAGCCCAAGGCAAGCAGUUCGGUGUCUCUAAGGCUCGAUGGCCCGCUAAGUCUGCCGAGUUCCUACUCGGCCUUCUAAGGAACGCUGAGUCCAACGCCGAUGCCAAGGGCCUCGACACCAGCAACUUGAUCGUCAAGCACAUCCAAGUCAACCAGGCCCCCAAGCAGCGAAGACGAACUUACCGAGCUCACGGUCGUAUCAACCCUUACAUGUCGAACCCGUGCCACAUUGAGCUCAUCCUGACCGAAGGCGAGGAGGUUGUGCAGAAGUCCGAGUCAGUCGUCGGCCGCGAGUCGGCUCACCUGAGCUCGAGACAACGCGGUGCCCGUAUCCGCAAGGCCAUCACUGCCGCAUAG